ACAAUUUAAAAGAAGCAGCACCGCAAAAUCUUCAUAACAUUUUGUUUAAUUAUCUGUUUAUGAAUAAAAACAAGUGCAAUUGAAAGUAAAAAAUGAGUCAGAAAGUCAUCAAAUAUAUUGGCCGCACCACAGACUUCCGCGGCAACACACUGUGGGAGCUGGUGGGCAACUUGCCCGACUGGGGAGUCGGUCGCAUGCUCAUACGUAACAUGUUUCAGCGUUACCCGGAGCCCUGCUACAUGCGGAUACUAAAAGUGUCUGCGGUGGACGAAAAGCCAAAUGAAGAGCGCAAGGUGCGUGUCACGGUAGAGAAAACUUGGCGCGGCGUCACACAACCAAAACCCGUGGAAAUCUAUAGCACCAGCUACAAAGCCGACUAUGAGCUGGUGCCUAAAGAGGAGGAGCACAAGUUCUUGAACAAUAAGAAACAAGUCGCAGAAGUAAUAUUGCCCACAAAGAUUGAGUUUCCUCCACUUCUGCGCGAAUACAUCAGAGACGAAACCGGCGAGUCAAAUCCUCAGAUGAAAGUGCACUUCAAGAAGACGUUCAACAAGCAGGCACGUCUCGCUCAACCAAAUGAGCAGCCAACGCUGCAAGUUUCCAUGGACUUAGGCAAACCAAAGCCAGUUAGCGCCAAGCUCUACGAGGGAGUGUUAUAAGAAAGCAAGACAUUUGCAAAUUGUUGGAAUAUUAAAUUUUGUAUGUAAUGUA